AUGGCUGGAGAAUUUCCACUAACACAAUCUCGUAAUGAAAGCAUGGUCAAGUCGCUCCAACAUCACAAGAUCUUCCAUGGUCUCGCCAACAAAACACAUGUUGCAAUAGAAAAUUACUCAAAUGGCAUCAUGACACAUGAGCAAUUAUUAGCAAAGCUCAAGAUAAUUAAUGGCGAAUAUUUACAACAGAUUGAUCAAAUAUAA